GGCGCGGCUGCUAAAUUUAAGGGUGUUGAACUCUGUAGAGCGAAGGAGCGGUGUGUGAUCGGUUCAUGCUCAAAUAGAUUUACAGCAAGUUUUAUCGGCAAAAAGUUUGCCAAAAUGUCGAAUGCGAAGGAAAAGCAAUUGGGGUUACAUAAAGUGAUCAUGGUCGGCAGUGGUGGGGUUGGAAAGUCUGCACUUACCCUGCAGUUCAUGUAUGAUGAGUUUGUUGAAGAUUACGAGCCCACCAAAGCCGACAGUUAUAGGAAAAAAGUUGUUUUAGACGGAGAAGAGUGUCAAAUAGACAUUUUAGACACAGCAGGACAGGAAGAUUAUGCUGCUAUACGUGAUAAUUAUUUUCGGAGCGGGGAAGGAUUUCUUUGCGUGUUCUCAAUCACUGAACCAGAGUCAUUUGAAGCGACAUCAGAAUUUAGAGAGCAGAUUCUUCGCGUGAAGGGAGACGACGAACAUAUACCUUUCUUGCUGGUUGGAAACAAGGCUGAUUUAGAAGAUAAACGGCAAGUAACAGCCGACGAAGCUCAGUCAAAGGCGAAGGAGUGGAACGUAGCUUUUGUUGAAACGUCAGCUAAAACAAAAGCGAACGUUGACAAAGUAUUCUUUGAUCUUAUGAGGGAAAUUAAAUCGCGGAAAGAGGACGGCUUGAAACCAGUGAAGGACAAUAAAAGAAAAAAGAAAAAGAAGUGUGUAAUUUUGUAAAUCUAUGGCCAACUUUCUUGAAAUAUUGUAAAUUCGUAUGCGAACUUUGUAUCUGUGACCUAGUUCUUUACCUACUCCUUCAUGAAGGGGUGGUCGACUGUGGAAACUACUACUUUCUUCCCUGUUGAAAUAUUGUUAUAUUUUCAACCUGGUACUUAACGAGUUUGAAACUGGUCAAAGGAGAAUAUGUUAAUGUUGUGUAUUACAUUGAAUACAUUUAUUUUCUAGGAAGAAAUUCAUCUUGAUUUAUCUUUAAAUUUCCAAGUUACCAGUAAAUUUUUCUCCUAUUACACAGGAGGAUUCUGGCGAUGAAAUUAGGAAUGAUUUGACUUGACAGCCUUGGUCAUCAUCAUGUAUUCUCAAAAAAAAAUUCAGGGCAUUAGUUGUAUUGCUGAGAAAAAGUACCAAAUUAAAAGAGCUUGAACUGAGAGUAUUGAGAUGAAUAUGAAGACAGUUUUCAAUUAUUGUGUUACGAAGUGUUCAUAAAUAACAGUGACAUUGUAAAUAAUUUUUGUUGUCUUGAAUUGCAAAUUCAAAUCAUAGACUCGAGACAUUUUAGUUUUUUAACACACUGUGGCAGACCACUUAAUGUCAUUUAGCUUACUGUUGCAACUGAAUCAUGGCAUCUUGUUGGAAUUAAACCAGUUUGUCAUUUCAAUGUA